CGCUCCGCAAGUGUUGUUAUAAUUGGUGCGGGAAUCAGUGGACUGGCGGCUGCCCGUCAACUACAAGCACUGGGAACGAAAGUGACCCUUUUGGAAGCCAAGGACCGACCUGGUGGCAGAAUGCAGGCGAACAUUCCUUAUCGUCCUCUUCACCGUGAAUGUGCUAUGAUGGAUUCGGCUACAGGAAAAGUAAUGAAUCACAAAGCCGACCGAAUUGCCGAUGAACACUGGAAUUGUAUUCAUGACAUACUUGGACACUGGCGCGCUCACACCAAAGGGCCUGAUCAUAGCCUUAUGGGUAAGUUGAGAUAUGAGGUGAAGUCGUCCGGAUUAGGCUAUACAGACACAGACAGACUCAAUUCACUUUUACUCUUGAGAGAUAAAAUGGUAAUGCCACGGCGCCCGGAGCAACGAAGGAAGAAAAGUGGAGGCAGUGCUUUUGGGUCACUAAAUCUGAAUAGAAUUCUUGGAGGUCCAGGGGCUUCAACGCUUGAUCUGGUCAUGGUUGCCAUUGCGUCAAUAGACCCCCAUUUCAACCACAGUCAAAUAUACAAAACGAGGAUUUUGAACGAUGGAACAGUGGAGAUCGAUCUGCUAGCAGUAACUGAUCUCGAUCAUGAUAGCAAAGUAUCCAACAAAAAAUGGACUAGUUAUGCGAAGCGUGGUGUUCUGAGAAUUAGUCCUGAUCAUGACAAGGUUUCAGUUGAGUGGAAAGCCAACUCGGAUUUCUCUCUCAGCACUGAAAUAUCUUCCGGUGAUCGUGCCAUGGAGCUGUCCGAUCUUGCUGUUUUUGACGGCCGGCUGCUUGUUGGCGACGACAGAACUGGCUUAAUUUAUGAAAUUCGAGACAAUAAGGUUCACACUUUUUCUUUUGGAUUUCGG